AUCCACCUUGAAAUCAAAAGAAGGGAAGUGCCAAAGCCCAACAUGAUAACUAAAAAUCUUUCCAAAGACGCCUCUUUUGACCAGUUUCUGCUUUGCAGUGGCAUGCAGAAGAAUUAUAAAUACAGACUUCUGAGAAACUAAUCCUCAAACUCAAGCCAAAGAUGCCACCAAUCCAUGUAAUCUCCAAAGAAACCAUCAAGCCCUCUCUCCCAAGUCCUCAAAACUCCAUUAAGCUCUCCUUACUCGAUCAAAUCGCUCCUGAAAUCUACACCCACUUACUGCUCUUCUACUCUACUACUUCCAGUGACUUGCAAAAGCUUCCUCAGAAACUAAAGAUUUCUCUUUCAAAAGUUUUGAAUCAAUUCUAUCCGUUAGCAGGAAGGAUUGAAGUACCAGUCAAUGGUACUCUACAUAUCAACUGUAAUAACAAAGGUGCAGUGUUCAUAGAAGCCUAUUCUGACACUGAUCUCAAUGUCUUCUUACUCUCCCGUCCCAUUAACGAGUUCAAAGAGCUCCUUCCAGUCAAAAACAGCAUGUUCAAACACAGGGAACCUCUUCUUUUACUACAGUUUACUAAAUUCUUAAACGGCUAUGUACUUGGAGUUUCCAUUUCUCAUGUGAUUGCUGAUGGUGCUUCCAUGGCUUUAUUCCUUAACCGAUGGGCAGAGACAGCACGUGGGGAGGAGGAAGAAAGGCUCACCAUGCCUUGCUUCACUUCAGCUUCAACUCUUUUCCCUCCCAAGCCUCAUAAGAUUGUUUACCAGGAACCAAAAGAGCCAUUGGAGAACUCAAAAGUAGUCAUAAAAAGGGUUUGCUUAUCUUCAUCUUCUAUAAGGAGGCUGAGAGAGAGCGCUUAUAAGCGCAGUGAGAAGCCAAGUAGAGUUGAGGCUGUCUCAGCUCUUGUGUUAAGGUCUGUAAUGCGAGUAACUGGAAGGGAAAGAAUGGAAAAAGUAUUAGUUUCACAAGUUGUGAACUUAAGGAGUAGAUUGAAAGGUUUAUCGUAUUUCUCCAUUGGUAAUCUAUGGACUGGUGGAGUGCGUGAUCUUGAGAGAGAAGGAAGACAGGAAGAGGUGGAGAAGGUACUAAGGGAAGUUGUUAGGGAAGUGAAUGAGGAGACAGUGAGGAAAGAAGCUGAGAGGAGUUUCACACUUAAGAAUGAAGUAAAGGGAGAGGAUGAUGAUAAGGGAAGAAGAAAUGAAAGGUUAUGGAUAUUUAGUAGUUGGUGCAGGAUACCUUUGUAUAAGAGUGAUUUUGGAUUGGGAGAACCAGAGUGGAUUGGGUGUGGGAUUUGGAACAUGAAGGAUGUUUGUAUAUUGAUUGACGCAAAGGAUGGGGAAGGGAUGGAGGCGUGGUUGUGGAUGGAGAGAGAUGAGAUGGAUAGAUUGGAGAAUGAUGAGGAGUUCCUUUCCUUUGUUUCUUUUUAGAUUAGAAGGAAAGGAGGAUCAUGUUAAUUGUUGUGAUGAUAAUAAAGAUGUGUGGUGUGGCCAAUUAUUCUCUUUUAAUUUCA